AAAGGUGACUCUUGUGAUGGUGGGACUUGAUAAUGCUGGUAAAACGGCAACGGCCAAGGGAAUCCAAGGAGAAUCCCCAGAAGAUGUAGCUCCUACUGUUGGAUUUUCCAGAAUUGACCUUAGACAAGGAAAGUUUGAAGUCACCAUCUUUGAUUUGGGAGGUGGAAAAAGAAUUCGGGGAAUCUGGAAGAAUUACUAUGCUGAAUCCUAUGGGGUAAUAUUUGUUGUGGAUUCCAGUGAUGAAGAGAGAAUGGAAGAGACAAAAGAGACAAUGUCAGAAGUACUAAGACAUCCUAGGAUAUCGGGAAAACCUAUAUUGGUGUUGGCAAAUAAACAAGACAAGGAAGGAGCUUUAGGAGAAGCUGAUGUGAUUGAAUGCCUGUCUUUGGAAAAACUGGUCAAUGAGCACAAGUGCCUGUGUCAAAUAGAACCUUGCUCAGCAGUCUUGGGGUAUGGAAAGAAAAUUGACAAAUCCAUUAAAAAAGGCCUUUAUUGGCUGCUACAUAUCAUUGCGAGAGACUUUGAUGCCUUAAAUGAACGCAUCCAAAAAGAUACAACAGAACAGCGUGCUCUUGAGGAGCAAGAGAAACGAGAAAGGGCUGAGCGAGUGCGGAAAUUGCGAGAAGAAAGAAAGCAAAGAGAAGAGGAGCAAGCUGAGCUCGAUGGAACCGGUGGUCUGACUGAGUUGGACCCAGAACCAACUAAUCCUUUCCAGCCAAUAGCGUCUGUGAUCAUUGAGAAUGAAAAAAAACUUGAAAAAGAAAAAAAUAAGCAGAAGAUGGAGAAAGGCAGUGAUGACUGCCACCUAAAACACAGAAUAGAACCUGAGCAAAUAGAGACCCAGAGCCAGAUUGGUGACAGUAGCCAAAAAAAUGAUGAACUUGGACUAGUAGACAAUUAUAAGGAGGCCUUAACACAACAGCUGGAGAAUGAAGAUGAGACAGAUCAGCGAUCAUCAGAAUCAGAUAAUGGCAAAAGGAAAACUAAGAAGCUAAGAAUGAAAAGGAGUCACCGGGUAGAACCAAUUAACCCAGAUGACUCUGCUCCUAAGAGUCCAGCACCAGCCCCACCGCCGCCUCCUAUUGGCUGGGGAACCCCUAAAGUCACUAGACUUCCAAAACUUGAGCCUCUUGGUGAAACACGUCAUAAUGAUUUCUAUGGGAAGCCGCUGCCUCCCCUGGCUGUGCAACAGAGACCUAACAGUGACGCUCACAGUACACCCUCCUAGCCAGUUCGUGUGGAUGAGCUCUCUUAAUACCAGCAAGGUGAACUGGGAUGCUGUUUCUCAACAGAAGAGAAAGCCUGAACGUUGAUGCUUGGGGCGAGAUAACCAUAGUGAUUUCAGUGAGGUGGUUAAUAGUCAAGGACCUGACCUGAUAAUUACUUAUCCAUGUUCUUCAUGGUUAAAAAAGAAAGGCAGCAAAACGACCAGGAGAUGGGAUGGAGUUUUGCACUAAGCAAGAUUAGUGUUGACUCUAGUUUAUACGUCCCCACUCAGGGGCAUAUUCCUCAAGGAAAAUCUCUUCCGAAAAAGAGCCAAUGGACUCUGCACCCUUUCUUUAGUAUUUGUUUAAUUGUCUGUAUUUCUAUAUAUGAAACAUUUUUAAUAAAAUAUAUGCACAUGGAAGGGGAACUUCUGGGCAUUUAUAACCUAAAUUUGUAACUAUUUUUAUAUUUUUCUAAAACUUUAAAAAUUUUAAUUAUUAUGAUACUGCAUUUGUGUACUUUUCUAUAGAUGCUUUUUAAAAAUUGUGUCUGGAAAAUAGAGUUGAUUACUUGAUAGACAUGAACUAUACAAACAGGAUAUAUUUAUAUGGCUUGAAGUAUGUUUUGUAAUAGCAUUGUUCUUGAAGUGUACAUCCAAACUUGACCAAAUUU